CCCUGACACAGAUGUCAAACGGUCUUGUUUGCAAAGCCUAGUGUUUAAGUGUGGAUCUGCUAGGCUUCUCUUCUCCUAUCUGACUGCUCUGCUCUGCUCUACUGGGCUAGAAUCACUGAUGAAGAAGCCUACUAGAACCCCGUGUUGCCGGAGCCCGACCCAGAGACAAGAGAAGAGGGUUGAGAUGCGUCCUGUUUGUGCUCAGCUCCUCUUCGCUGCCAUCUUGUGUUCAAUGCCUUACACUGGAGCUGCUGCUGUGCGGAGCCUAUCCAAAUCCAACCAGACUAACCAUCUCCACCUAACUAGACCUGGUUUCGAGUCAGACCCUGACUCUGACUGGAGUAAUCUGAAUCUUACCAGCAUCAGCGUGCCUCGUAUCCGAAGGAGGCGAGCCAUCUCCUCCAGAGAAAUUAAUUCCUUGUUGGAUUAUCACAACCUUGUCCGCUCCCAGGUCUUCCCUCAGGCUGCCAAUAUGGAGAUCAUGGUGUGGGAUGAGCAACUGGCUAAAUCAGCAGAUUCCUGGGCUUCCCGCUGCAUAUGGGAUCAUGGACCCUCACAGACCAUGAGAUAUAUGGGCCAAAACCUGUCCAUCAACUCUGGCAGAUACUGGUCAAUCAUUGAGCUGGUGAGGUCCUGGCAAGAUGAGAAAAACUCCUUCUCCUAUCCCAACACAUGCAGUGGACCAGUUUGUUCCCACUAUACACAGAUGGUCUGGGCCAAUACCAAUAAGAUGGGAUGUGCCAUCAACAAAUGCUCAAACAUGAAUGUGUACGGGAGCUCUUGGAGGACAGCAGUGUUCCUGGUUUGCAACUACUCUAUCAAAGGGAACUGGGUUGGAGAGGCUCCCUAUAAGAGUGGCAAACCGUGCUCUGCCUGUCCAUCAAAAUAUGGAGGUUCAUGUAACAGAAAGCAGUGUUCCUUCAGUGGUUCAAAAGCCAAAGCCAAGAAAAGAAAAAGGUAUUAGAAAGACAUCAGUCAUACUUUCCCUGUUAUAAUGGAAGACUUUUUAGAGUUCAUUGUUUCUGGUCAAUUAUUCCGUUCCAUUCAUCUCAGCAACAAACAACUGCAAGAGAGGGUGUGUGAAAGAAAGGUGAAGGAUUUCUAAACAUAAAAAACGAAUCAAAGCACAAGACCUGCUUUUUUCAGUGAUUCAAUUAUAGUACCACUAUUUUUGUGUUUAUCAUAAACUAAUGUUUGAUCCAUCCACUGGAUGUUAGGGAAAGAAUGUUUUUCCCCCAUGAUGUUGUGAACUUAAAUCUACGUAAACUCUUGGGUUGCAAAGCUCCAUUUUCUCACCAUGACACAGAAAGAACCCAGCUACCAAAAACCAGACAGUACUUCUGUUGUAUUCAUUUGAUUAUGGCCUUUUUUGAAAAUGUUAAGAAGAUGAGUGCAAUGUACACUAUAUAUACAAAAGUAUGUGGACACCCCUUCAAAACAGUGGAUUCUCUAUUUCAGCCACACAUAUUGCUGACAGGUGUAUAAAAUCAAGAACACAGUCAUGCAAUCUCUCAUUGACUUUCAAUGUGGCACCGUCAUAGGAUGCCACCUUUCCAACAAGUCAGGUCUUGAAAUGUAUGCCCUGAUAGAUCUGUCCCGGUCAACUGUAAGUGCUGUUAUUGUGAAGUGAAAACGUCUAGGAGCAUCAACAGUGAAGUUGUAAGCCACACAAGCUCACAGAAUGGGAUCAUCGAGUGCUGAAGUGCGUAUCGAGUUUAAAUCGUAAAAGUCGUCUGUCCUCGGUUGCAACACUCACUACCAAGUUCCAAACUGCCUCUGGAAGCAACGUCAGCACAAGAACGGUUCGUCUGGAGCUUCAUGAAUUGGGUUUUGGCCGAUUAACCGCUUACAAGCCUAAGAUCACCAAUAGCAAUGCCAAGCGUCAGCUGGAGGGGUGUAAAGCUUGCCGCCAUUGGACUCUGGAGCAGUGGAAACGCGUUCUCCAGAGUGAUGAAUCGCGAUGCCAGGAGAACGCUACCUGCCCCCAAUGCAUAGUGUCAACUGUAAAGUUUGGUAGAGGGGGAAUAAUGGUCUGGGACUGUUUGUCAUGGUUCGGGCUAGGCCUCUUAGUUCCAGUCUAGAGAAAUCUUAACGCUACAGCAUACAAUAACAUUCUAGACAAUUCUGUGCUUCCAACUUUGUGGCAACAGUUUGGGGAAGGCCCUUUCCUGUUUCAGCAUGACAAUGCACCCGUGCACAUAGCUAGGUCCAUACAGAAAUAGUAUGUUGAGAUUGGUGUGGAAGAACUUGAAUUGACUGCACAUAGCCCUGACCUUAACCCCAUCAAACACCUUUGGGAUGAAUUGGAACACCGACUACGAGCCAGGCCUAAUUGCCCAACAUCAGUGCUCGACCUCACUAAUGCUCUUGUGGCUGAACGGAAGCAAGUCCUUGCAUCAAUGUUCCAACAUCUAGUGGAAAGCCUUCCUAGUUGAGUGGAGGCAGUUAUAGCAGCAAAGGGGGGACUAACUCCAUAUUAAUGCCCAUGAUUUUGAAAUGAGAUGUUUGACGAGAAGGUGUCCACAUACUUUUGGUCGUGUAGUGUAUUUGUAUGCUUAUGCCAACGUGUUUGAUAAAUCCACAAAUUGUUUGCACUGCUUUUGGUUGAUUAUAUGGCUCUUGAUUGACAUUUUGCGUAGCUAAAAAUAAGCACUUUUAUACUGUUUUUUUAUUAUUAUUAUUAUUAUUAAUUUAUAACACAUUUGUUUACUGUAGAUUUAGAGACAUUGAUCAUGUUGGUUACUUUUGUAGACCAAUUCUUUUUUUUUAUAACAUUGUCAUACACUUAUUACAGCUCAUGAUUGGCCUGAAUGUGAAAUAACUGUCAAUAAUUAUUUGAAUAAAAAAGAAAGGAGUUUAA